CAAACCAAUCAUUCGCCACGUUUAGAACGGGAGUCACGAUCCUUUCCCCACUGUUCGGUGCAUUUAAUCCGCAAAAGGAUUAUUAUUUCAUCAGCCAGUUGCCGAGUUUGAAUCAGUGAUUUUACUCGAAUAGUCACCAUGGUUCUCGAUUUGGAUCUGUUCCGCAGCGACAAGGGCCACGAUCCGGCCAAAGUAAAAAAGAACCAGGAGCUUCGCUUCAAGGAUGUGGUGCUGGUAGAAACGGUGAUCGGACAGGACGGUGAGUGGCGAAAAUGUCGCUUCAAUGCGGACAAUUUCAACAAGCUGAAAAACCUGUGCAGCAAGGAAAUCGGAGAGAAGAUGAAAAAGAAGGAACCACAAGGAGCGGAAGAUCAAGCGGUACCGGAGGAAGUGGCGAGUGAUUUGCUGGCGCUGAAGAGUGAGGACCUGAAAAAGUUGACGGUGAAUCAAAUCAAGCAAGUGCGAGGAUUAAUCGAUGCUGCAGUAGUGGAGAACGAAAAGAAGCUAAAUGAGGCGGAAGCGAAGAGAAAUUCGGCCCUGCGGGAAGUUGGAAACCACCUGCACGAAAGUGUGCCGGUUAGCAACGAUGAGGAUGAGAAUAAGGUCGAGCGGACAUUUGGAGAUUGCGAGAAGCGAUUGAAGUAUUCUCACGUUGAUCUGAUUGUGAUGAUCGAUGGCAUGAAUGGGGAGAAGGGAGCGGUUGUAUCCGGUGGUCGAGGAUAUUUUCUGACCGGGCCAGCCGUGUUCCUCGAGCAAGCACUGAUUCAGCAUUCACUGCACAGUUUAUACGGUAAGGGAUACACUCCAUUGUACACUCCAUUCUUUAUGCGAAAGGAAGUGAUGCAAGAAGUGGCUCAGCUGUCUCAGUUCGAUGAGGAGCUUUAUAAGGUGGUUGGCAAGGGAGGUGAAAGGUCAGAAGAAGGUGGUACCGAUGAGAAGUACCUGAUUGCUACAUCGGAACAACCGAUUGCUGCUUAUCAUCGGGACGAGUGGAUUCCGGAAGCGUCACUUCCUAUAAAAUAUGCCGGAUUGUCCACUUGUUUCCGUCAGGAAGUGGGAUCUCAUGGACGUGAUACGCGUGGCAUUUUCAGAGUGCACCAGUUUGAGAAGGUGGAGCAAUUUGUUCUGACUUCCCCCCAUGACAACAAAUCGUGGGAGAUGAUGGACGAAAUGAUUGCCAACGCCGAGCAGUUCUGUCAAUCGUUGGGCAUUCCGUAUCGUGUGGUCAACAUCGUUUCCGGAGCAUUGAAUCAUGCUGCCUCGAAGAAGCUGGAUUUGGAAGCGUGGUUCGCUGGUUCGGGUGCGUUCAGAGAGCUGGUUUCCUGUAGUAAUUGUUUGGACUACCAGGCGAGACGAUUACUGGUGCGCUACGGACAAACGAAGAAGAUGAACGCUGCUGUGGAUUAUGUGCACAUGCUGAAUGCCACCAUGUGUGCUGCGACGCGUGUGAUUUGCGCCAUCCUGGAGACGCACCAAACGGAAACCGGCAUCAAGGUUCCGGAACCACUGAAAAAGUACAUGCCGGAGCAGUACCGAGAUGAGAUUCCGUUCGUGAAGCCAGCCCCGAUCGAACUGGAAGCCGCGGCUGCCACAGCUAAGAAGGAUAAGAAGGGAGGCAAGAAGGAGGGCGCCGGUGCUUAGAGUCUGCCAAUGAACAUUAUCGAUAUAAAACGAAAAAGGCAUUUACGGCAUCAUGGCUACAAUUAGCGGAGAAUUUGCCUCCUAUCACAUUGGCGCAGACAUUAAUUUAUCUCUCAUUAUUGCAAGCUAAGAUUUACCUUUUAAAAUCAGUUAAUAAACGAUGCGUAAGCUUAUAAAGGCUGCUUCCUAUAAUG